UAAUGAGAUCUGGCGCCCUCUUCUGGCCUGCAGAGAACUGUAUACAUAAUAAAUAAAUCUUAAAAAAAAAAAAAAAAUCUGGUUUCGUGGUGGAGUGAGUGUCCAUCAAUCCCAGGAGAAUGAUGGGAACCGGGCCCGGUGGGUCAGAAGAUCCAGGUAGCCCUCCCUUAAUUACUUAGCCGUCUGCGCUCAGGAAUAACUCCAGAGCUCAUACCCUGGAAAGAGGUGGAGCAGCCAACUGUUGGGGGAAAAGGUAUGUAUUCUCUAGAGGUUCUUUUAGAGGGAAAAGAACAACUUAGCUGGCAGAAAGUAAGGACUGGUCUAUCAUGAUAGUCCUACAGACCAGGAACUAGCUGUAAAUGUUUUUCACAUCUAUAAAAAAAGCAUAGGCUGCUGGCCAGGAUGUCUCCUGGCCAUUGAUUUUGCCACUGAACCAUUCUGGGCAUAAUGCUAAACUGCUUCUCUACCCUGCAACAAACAGAGCCCCAGACUCCAUCAACAGGGGAUCCUGGAGAGCUGGAUAGAAUGUGACGCCCUCCUAUGGGACCAGCUGGUUAGGAACUAGUCAUCUAUUACUUGAUUGUGAAGUAUGCCUAUCAAGGAAGGACAGUCUGUCCCUCCAUAAGGGCAAUCUCAAGUUCCAUGUGUGUUUACACAGGCAGGAUACAUUACGGCCCUAGAAACCUUGCUGGUUUCCAGAAGGGAGUUCCAUUUCUGAUGCUGCACAUUUCUUCUUAAACCAGAGUCAACUGCUACCCUGUGCCUACCCACAUGGAGAGUUCUUGUACUGUAUUGGCUGAAGGGUAUUGUGCACUUCUGAGUCUUUCAUUCUUUAGGUUCUGAUCUGAGUGUGUGUAAUGCAGUCAGUUCUCCUCUCUUAGUUUACCUCUUCUUGUCAGACAAAGCCUUAAUCUUCCAAAUUAAGCUGGAAAGACAGCUUAAUUUAGGAUGAGGUAGCCAGAUGCCUUAGACUCUCAGUAUAACCAACGCAUUGCAGAGUGCUGUACCACGCUUAGCUGCCCAGAGAUGCCCACAAUUCACAAAGAUGCCACAGGCCCACAGAGUCUGCCCUGCCCUCCUUUUGCUCCAUGGGUUCAGGCCAUUUGCCUCUCAGACAUCUGUGACUGGGAGGAAAGAGAAGUCUGAAAGCUAAUAGUCAACACCAGCCACCAUCACCACCCCAGUUGCCAGGAAAGCCUGGGAGAGAAGAUUCCUGAGCUGGAUCCAGAAGGAGAAGCAAGAGCUGGUUCAGAAGUCGAGGGUUUGGCAGAGACAGGUAAAGGCUCAGCAGAGCGAGUGGGAAUUGCCCACCCAUUAUCCCUUAUAGGCUGUAGAUAACCUGGUUCCUCUUAUCCCUCAAGGCCAGGGCCUGGUACUUGCUGAGGCACCCAUACAAUAUUGUUAAAGGCACCCAGUGCUUAACCUGCUCCAGAGACCAUGUGUCUUCCAUGUGUCUUAGAGACCACAGACCAUUGUUAACACAAAAAGAAGCCCUAAGUGUCCAGGCAUCUGUCUACCCAACCACCAAGAUAUUAUGCCUCCCUCCCUUCCUCCCUCCGGUCCUUUUUUUUUUUUUUUUUUUUUUUUUUUAUCUUGGCCCAUAUAACUCCUCUGUGGUUCAGGAAGUCCACCACAAUCUGACCAACCAUACUAGCCCAGUGCUUUGCCCAACUCUAUCUACUCUAUCUCUGCACAGCCUUCUCUCCUCCCUCCCCCAGCUCACUAGACCACAUCUUUCAUGGAACUUUGGCAUGGUACAAUGUAUUGUGGCAGUCACUUCUAUACACAACAGUCUCUGGGGUCAGGCACAUUAUUUUUCAUGUCCUUGUGGUUUAGCUCACACCCCAGUAAGUGCCUAUGUCUGAGGGAUGGGUGACCUGGCCUCCUGCAAGUGUGACACAUUCCCUUUCUCCUCCAGUCAGAUUCUCUCUGUGCCAUGCCUUUCUCAGGCUAAUGUGUAGCACUCUAUCUAAGCAUUUAGCCAAAUGCCCGCCAGGGGCUAGCUGUGUCCCCCACAUAAUCUGGCAAUGACACAAGGCCAGCUUGGUACAGAUGACUUCUGGAGCAUGUCCUCAGGCAGCUCUGUAUGCACCUCACAUAUGGGCAGCAGACUCAGAGACAUUUAAUGACAGCGAGUUCAAGAUAGCACUGCUGAUAAAUGUGAGAGAAAGGAUUCAAGCCCAAGUUUGGCUGUCCCCAAGGCUUUGCCUUUGGUUUUAUGGCCCCUUGCCCAGCCAGCCACAGUUACAUGAAAGCAGGAAGAUCUGCAUUUGAUGGAGUUAUUACUGACUCUAAAAGUUAACGUUCAACCCUGGACAGUGGCUUUUCCCUACAUAAGAGUUUCCUUCUCUAAGCAUUGAGGUCAAUACAGAACAAGCUCUCAGGGCUAGACAUUUACAAGUCCCUGCAACAAGUCACCUAAUUCUCUGACUUCUUGAAGAGCUGGUUUAUUAUCCAGUUGGGAGGGGCGGUCUUCUAGGCUGGGAUGUCUUGCCUAUGGGGGAACGCCUCUCUCUGCCUCUCUAUAAAUGUCUUCAGAGGCCAAAAGGAGGCCUUUUGUGGCACCGCUCCCUUCCAAGCUGUGAGACUCCAGCUACUUCACCAUGAGACUUCUAGUCAUUUGCAGUCUGCUCUGCAUGCUGCUCCUCAGCUUCUGCGUUCUCUCCUCGGAAGGGAAAAGGCAUCGUCUGAGGCCCUCAAAAUUCAAGCCCUGCUGUUACCUGACUCAUAGAUCCAAACUGACACCCCAGAAAGGACAUCACACAAGACCCUGCAGACCAUGCAGAAUCAAGCCACCAUCCAAGACAUGGGUGGUACCAGGUGCUCUCCCACAGGUAUAGAGCUCCUGAAGCCUGGUUCCACCCACAUGAGACCUUCAUGCCCAGCUGCGGAGACACCAGAGGACUUGACUUGGUCCCUGCCAACUUUCAUGGCAACAGUGAACUGUCACACUGGGAGGCUUCAUUUCAGACACCCAGGAACAUUCCAGAAUUUCAAGUCCUGGUUCCAACCUUACCACCAACUUUCAGAGUCACUAUGAUCCAGGCCCAGCCCACAUGUCUUCAAGAGUGAAAGUCAAAGAUUCCUUCUGUGGAAGCUACCACUCCAGAGAUUUCCAAACUGGCCAAAAUGCCUAGUAGCAAAACCUCAGUGUAAUCAGCAAGGAAUACAGCAUCUCAGGCACCCACAGACAGCCUCAAAUUUCUAGUAUUUAACCAAUGGUCUCUGAACCAAUUCCUGUAACUUCCUAAUGUCCGUCACCAGGAGAGCACCAAA